AUGGAGGAGUUACAGAGGAGUUUCAGUCCUCCGCCGUGCCCUUCCACUGUAACAGUACGACGGAAUCCUCCGAGGAGAGCUAGAGCAACGCCGUUUACUACUGCAGCUAAGCCACCUUCCGCCUCCGCGAAUACCCACGACGUUCCUGCUUUUCCGAUCGACGAGAUUCUCUCCAUCCAGAUCCCGCAAUCCGAGCCGAAACCUUCGGUUACGGAGAGUCUGAAGAUUUUCCUGAGAAUCAAACCCUUGAAAACCGUCACCAAGGUUACCACCACGAAGAGCAGACCUAGAAAUGUCUGGCCCCAGAACCCAUCGAAGAAGAACACCGCGAAAGAGAACAGGAAUCCGGAGAACGCGAAGAAGAAGAAGAGCGAAGAGGCUUGUAUUGCUCUCAACGAUGCUUACUCAGUCACUCUGACUCCGCCUCAAGCGCUGCAAGAGCUGAAACGAAGCAAAACUGAGGUUUACGAAGGGUUCUCUCACGUUUUCCCGGCCGAUUGUUCCCAGAACGAUGUGUAUGGUAAAAUGGUUCAACCUUUGUUGGAGGAUUUCAUGAAAGGGAAAAGCGGAAUGUUGGCAGCUUUGGGACCUAGCGGCUCCGGGAAGACUCAUACAGUCUUUGGAACUCCCAAGGAUCCUGGGAUUGUGCCUCUUACACUCCGUCAAAUUUUCAACAAGAGCGAUGAGAGCUCUCAAGGAGGAUCUUUUAGGUCAUUUCACUUGUCGAUAUUUGAAAUAUACUCCGAACGAGGGAAAGGAGAGAAAGCUUAUGACUUACUUGGAGAUGGAAGCUCUGAAUUGUCUGUGCAGCAAUCAACCAUCAGGGGCUUGAAAGAGGUCCAAAUCCGAAAUUUGGAGGAAGCAGAGUCUUUAAUUGCACAGGCAAUGCUGAAACGUGCAACAGCUACAACCAAUUCAAAUAGCCAAUCAAGUCGCUCACAAUGCAUCAUUAACAUAAGAGCAGCACACAAUGGCGUUUCCAACGAAACAAAAACGCAGUCUAGUGAUGCUAUGCUGACGAUAGUGGACCUGGCGGGAGCAGAAAGAGAGAAAAGAACUGGAAAUCAGGGAGAAAGGUUGGUGGAGAGUAAUUUCAUCAACAAUACAUCCAUGGUUUUCGGUCAAUGUUUGCGGGCGCUGCUGGAGUACCAGAAGAACCGAAAAAAGGGAUUUCAGAAACAUCAUCAAAAUUCUUUGUUAACAAGGUACUUGCGAGAUUAUCUAGAAGGAAAAAAGAGGAUGGCUUUGAUUUUAACAGUCAAAGCAGGAGAAGAGGAUUAUCUUGAUACGUCCUAUCUAUUGAAACAAGCAUCACCUUACAUGAAAAUCAAAUUUGAUAACACUGAGGAGGUUUGCAACAAGAGGCAGCUCAAGACAUUUCCAAGAGUUGAAAGAAACAAGAAAAUGAAACUCGGUGUUCCCAAGACUUCCCAAAAUGACGAAAGUGUUGCUGAAGCGAAAAACCAAAUCUCUCAGGAAGUGAAUUUGAAGGAAAAGAAGGCAGAUCCAACGGACAAAUCAUCUCCAAGGCUUGAACAUGUUGCGUCGGAUAAAAGUGAGAGAGAGCACAUCAUCAUGCGUAAUUUUGCUAAAGUCGUAUGGAAUGUCCUGAAGCAGUACAACGAGAAAUUAAAAGUUGCAGAAGGUGCCAUUUGCAGUCUCAAGGAAAACCUGAGAAGUGAACAACUCAAAUCUCGUGAACUGGAGACAGAAUUGAACAAUCUCAAGUCUUCUUGCCUACCUCCCAAGUCAAACUCGGCAGAACCAUGUAUACCUGAGGUAGAAGCACUUGGCCAUGCCAAAGAACAAUUCGAGGUUGCCACAAGUUUGGCUAACGCAGAGAGUAAUGUCGAUGAGGAUCCUAGCAACCUUAUCGAGACAAGAAUAGAAGUCAGCGCAGAAGAAUGCAAUGAGUCUCCUGUGCCAAGCAAAAAUGUAGUACCUGACUUGGGAAACGAGGAUAUAUCCUGUGCCAAGCAAGAUGAUCCAACGCCUUCACCAGAACAAGUUGAAGUUAGUAAAAAUUGCAACAACAACCGGCUGUCUAACAUUCAAACAGAGUCCGCAAUAUCCCGCAGAUUUCCAGAUUCAGAGAAACAAGAAAGAAGACUGUUGCCAGAUACAUCCAGAUCGCUAGCUGAGGAAAUGAAUGACUUGGACUUAAACGAUAACCAGAUUGAGAAACCACAGGUUAAGAUGGCCGAGACUCGUGUUCAAGAGAAACUAGAAUCAACACAGCAUCGUAAAGUUGAAGUCCCUGCCCGUGAAGCAGAACCUGCAUCAGCUAAGAAACAGAGGAAUGGGCAAAAACCAAAAAGGAGACUUCAACCAGCUUCGUCCGUGCUAUUAACAAGAGAAAUAAACACGUUAGAGAUCGAGGAUGAUAUCACCGAGCGAAAGGGGAACAGAGGCGGAAAGAAGACGACAACGGGCACAGUGGCGGCACAACCGAGAAGCCAAGGGAGCGUCACUCUCCUCCGUCUCCUCACAAACAAUCUUCAUCUCUAA